AUGGCGGAUGUUUAUCAAUGGCGCAGGAGAAUCCAGCCCGCCUUCUCCCACACGCUCCUGCCUGUUGGCGAGCAAGACGAGACGGAGCCAGACAUCACAAGCGGCUUUGGCUCGACUCGCAAGAAGGUGCGACCCAAGAUCAGCUCCUACUUCCACCCCAGGUCCUUCGGUCCCUCCGCCACUCACGGUAAAUCAUCCCUCUGGUCUUCCGAUCAGCGCACUUCUGUCAAGGAUACCAUCUCCUCGCCCUGUCAAACUUGGCCUGAGGGAUGUGAGCCUGACCCAGACCAAAUCAUGGACUCGAUGAUGCGCACCUUGAUCGCCGAGCCUUAUCGCCCUCUAGAUGUCAAAAACAACUCACCUCUGCUCAUGAUCUUCGAAGGAUUCCGCAAUCUUCGCGACGAAAACGCCUCUCUUGUGCGCAAGCUAAAGUACGAAGUUGAAACUCGCUUUUCGUCACACCAUGAGUUGGAACUCGAGCGACAGAGAUGGCAACAGGAAAGAGAGGAGUACCAAGCUGAAGUCAAGAGGCUCGAACUCAUCAUCUCGAAGGAUAAGGAAGGAGUGGCGGAAGUCAUGCGCGCCAGAAGAGGGAGUCUGCUGCGCAAGGAGCACAGACGACGUACUGCAUCUGGUACCAACACAAACGAUGAUUCCAGAGAGACUCUUGUCGAGUUCCUCCAAAGAACGAGGAUCGAAGACGAGAAGAGACAAGAAGCUGCCAGAAGGAGUCAACGAGUGCCUUGCCGAGCCCGUCCCGUAUCCCCAUCGCAAAAGAUGGCCAUACUAUCACACAAAUUCUCUACGACCAACCACUACAGCGACUUUGAAUCUCCCCCCAGCCCUAAGGACUUUACGAGCCUUUCUCAGGCCUCGAUGUUCGAAAUGCUGGCUGGUCGAACAACCCUCUCUGAUACUGACUCAUCUGAGAACGAGUACGUCCAGCAAGAAAGUGCAGAGAUAGUCGGUGAAGAGAAAGCAGCAACUGUCACCAACGUCAAUGGACCAUUGUUUCAACAAGACGAUACCAUCGACAAUGAGUCUCAUCCAGUCGACUCUUUUGGCUUUCGCGCGCCGUCAUUCGAAGCUGGAAGCACUGAACGGCUCACCCCUCGCGCCACAAGAAGUCGUCCAGAGUCAUUGCGCUUGAAACAUGCACGCAAAUUCUCUUCUGAGUACAAUGAUGACAAUCGUCCUGUACAAGCUAGACAUCCACAUGCCGCGACUUCGCCUCUUCAAAGAAGUACGUCGGUUGACCACUUUGCUGCACACCAGAUACAUGGUGGCCCUGGCACCCUGGCUGCAGACAGUGCUGUGUCAUCUCCAGUCAGGACUUCUAUGUCAGAGUUUCUAGGCAUAUCCAAGAUACCCAGUCCAGUCUUUGACCCAUCUCUAGCAAGACCGAGAAGAGAAGACUCGUCGUCAAGCUUCCUCACUGCCAUCCGUGCCCCUGAGGGUGACUCGAACCACAGCAGAGCAACUUCGAGAUCAAGUUUCCAUCUGGACAGUCCUCACCAAUCAACCAGUCUUCGAGGCAGUGGUGAUUUCGGUAGCAGUCAGCGCCAUUCCGGUCGCUACGGUAGCAUGCACGAUGUAAACAUGGCGGUUGCUGCUGCUGCUGCUCGCGCUGCUGCUCCAUCCAAUUCGCCAAAGCCAUCA